AUGUCUGACAAGAAGAAAAUGGAGACCGGGAAGGUUGGCUCCUUCCCUCGCACCUACCAGGAGCUGUGUCACGACCUCAGCGUCGUUUUCAACUUCCCCCGUCCGGUCAACCGCCACAUCUCUGCUCCCCAGCUUGGAGAGAACAACGUCCCCAACACCGGGCCGCGCAAUGUUGUUGCGGACGCCCAGGGGCAGAACGAGGACGCCAUUGAUGGCUUUGACGAGCCGCUGGUUGCUGUGGAGGUGGUGCAGGAGCCGGAGGAGGAGAACGAGUCUGAUGACCAGGAGCAGUUUGUGGUUCGUGUUGCUGGCGGGCAGAUUGGGGACCACGCUCGUCACCACGCGUUCGAUGGGGCUGCUGAGUUCGCUGAACGCGUUGCUCGUGCCGUGAUGCCAGUCAUCCGCCGCAUCCGCCGCACCUCUUCGGCCCCCGCUAACGCGUGCCACCAGGAGAAGCGCCGC